AUGGUUCUCGCUGAACUCGGACGGAAAAUCCGUAACGCCAUUGGCUCGCUGAGCCAGGCGACGGUAAUCAACGAAGAGGUUCUCAAUGCUAUGUUGAAGGAGGUCUGCACUGCGCUGCUCGAGGCCGAUGUUAAUAUCCGUCUAGUGAAACAGCUUAGGGAAAAUGUGAAAUCUCAAAUAAAUUUCGACGAAAUGGCAGCUGGCAUGAAUAAACGUCGUAUGAUUCAGAAGGCUGUUUUCCAGGAACUUAUUAAGCUCGUCGACCCGGACGUAAAACCCUGGCAGCCCGUCAAGGGAAAGCCAAAUAUCAUCAUGUUCGUUGGUUUGCAGGGAAGCGGCAAAACAACGACGUGUACGAAGAUGGCCUAUUUUUACCAGAAAAAGGGCUGGAAAACAUGCCUUAUCUGCGCGGACACGUUUCGAGCCGGGGCUUUCGAUCAACUGAAACAAAACGCCACGAAAGCUAGGAUACCGUUCUACGGCAGUUAUACGGAAAUGGAUCCGGUUGUGAUUGCAGCUGAGGGAGUGGAAAAGUUUAAAGAAGAGAACUUCGAGAUAAUCGUUGUCGACACCAGCGGUCGUCACAAACAGGAGGAGUCGCUUUUUGAGGAGAUGUUGCAAGUGUCCAAUGCUGUUCAACCUGACAACGUCGUUUUCGUCAUGGACGCCAGUAUCGGACAGGCUUGCGAAUCGCAGGCUCGCGCUUUCCAUGAAAAAGUCGACAUCGCCUCUGUCAUAGUUACCAAACUUGACGGUCAUGCGAAGGGUGGCGGCGCAUUAAGCGCUGUUGCAGCGACGCACAGCCCAAUAAUUUUUAUUGGUACCGGUGAGCAUAUCGAUGAUUUUGAGCCGUUCAAAGUGAAACCUUUUGUACAGAAACUGUUGGGUAUGGGAGACAUUGAAGGUUUGCUUGACAAGGUGAAUGAGCUGAAACUGGACGAGAACGAGGAGUUGAUAGAAAAGCUCAAACAUGGUCAGUUUACAUUAAGGGACAUGUACGAACAGUUUCAGAAUAUUAUGAAAAUGGGUCCGUUCAGUCAAAUCAUGAGCAUGAUUCCGGGUUUUGGUCAGGACUUCCUAAGUAAAGGAAACGAACAAGACUCGAUGAAGAGGUUGAAGCGGCUCAUGACGAUGAUGGACAGCAUGAACGACCACGAGCUGGACAGCUUGAAAGCCCACGACCUUUUUCAGAGACAGCCGGGAAGGAUCGCCCGUGUUGCUCACGGUUCUGGAACCUCGAUUGGUGAAGUUAAGGAACUACUGCAACAGUAUAAGAAAUUCGCUGAAAUGGUCAAGAAAAUGGGCAGCAUCAAAGGGUUAUUUAAAGGAGGUGACUUUUCUUCGAAGAGUGUCAACCCCGCUCAAAUGGCGAAAUUGAACCAGCAGAUGGCUAAAUUGAUGGACCCUCGAAUUCUACAGCAGAUGGGGGGUAUGUCAGGCUUGCAGCACGUCAUGAAGCAGUUGCAAGGUGCAGCUAGUCACAUGGGCAAAAGGUGA